AUGGUCAGCUACUACAACAGUUACCUGGGCUGCGGGACAGUCACCAAGGAGAGACGUGGACACCCAGUAGUAACCAAAAAAAACCACCCCACGCUGGAACCAACUUCCAGCCACUUUCUGUCUCUCCGUCUCUUCGCUCGCCCGUCGGGUUCUGCUGCUGCUACUUCACUCCCUCAGGCUUCGAGCGACCAUCUCGAGCCAUGCGAUAGUCUGCGUGGGUUCUGCUCUGUUCGCUCUGUCAGCUUGGGCGCUCGGGACUGCGACGGUCUCGAGAUCGAUGGCCCUGUCCUCGCCCAUGGAAAUAUGAUCAGCUUUCAACACGCCUGUCUCCCUUCGGUUCUGGCGUAUGCUGCUGCUACCGCUCUCCCUCCAUCGCCAUCUAGUUCUCCGCCUAGAUGCUAUACCCCUACGACAACAACAACAACACCAACAACGACAACAACAACAACAAGCACGACAACAAAAACAACAGCACACCCUACUACCGACGCCGCAGAGAACGCCACGCCGGAUUACCCCCCGUCAGAGCAUGCUACGCCCCAGUCCGCUCGACGGGAAGACGACGGCUCCGCUGCCCGCGAUGUUGCCCCAGAGCCUAAGGCGCCGGUUGAUCCACUGGUUGCUGGUGUAAGUGCCCGCCUGGAACCCCUGGGACGUGAACCAAAAACCAAGGAGCAAGAGCAGAAGGAGCCCGAAUCCGCACCUGAGGCCGUCAAGGAUGAGAAGAACGCUGAGUGCUCGUUGAAGAUGGCUCCCGAACCCAUGAUAUUGGUCUCCCAGUUUGCCCACCAGUUUUAUCUGCAGAGGUAUCAGGAGGCCCAGAGACGUGCCAGCCUUCUCAGGAUCAGUGACCUCCACGUUUCCGUCCAUUACUCUGCUAGGUUGCUCCGUGUUGCUGCUGUAUCGCACAAGGGUCUAGUCGACAGCCUUCGACUUGGAGACAAGUCCGCAUUUGCCUCGGUCUACAACGCCGUCCAUGAGAUCCGCGAGGUUUGUGAAUCUGCUGUCCGGCGCAGCAUCCUCGACCAUGACCCUUUGAUUGGGACUGGCGCCCUGAAGGGCAGACCACAUACAUUUCUCCAUAGACUCUCCGUCGGUUCAAGGGCAGACCUGCUCGAGAUUUUGACCCUUGUCCGUACUGAUUCACAGUUUCUAUUCGAGUGUAUCAGCAACUUGACUCCCUCGCAGCUCUCUGCUCUCGUCAGCCCCGUCCAUGCACUGGAAAUUAGUAGUCCUUCGGAUGCUAGAGGUAGAAGCCAGCCUUCAUCCUCUUCCUCGUCCUUUUACAAGCGUGGUGCUACUCAUUCUUCUGCUUUCAAAGACUAUGCUUUUUCCUUUGAGCGUACUGACCCGCUCUUUGCGCUUCUGUUUAACGUUUAUUCCACCACUUUGGACCCCGAUUCAUCGGAAGCCCAACUGCGCCUAGACGUUUGGUCCUCGACUUGCGCCAAACUGAUCUCCCACGGAGGCAGUGGAAUGUAUACCUUUGUUGGUCAUCUCCUCAAUAUUUGGUCCGGACUCGGUGAAUGGAAGGCCAAAGCCAAGUUUGAAAUAUACCUCAUGGACAUACUACAGAAUGGAGCUUUUCUUCUCGAGUCUAGCUCCAGACACUCGGAUAUGGAUGGCGAUGCCUUUGACCCCAUGAAAACAGAUGUUGCGGAACAGUUAUUUAGAACAUCUGUCCAGGCGCUGUUUGAAGUUCUCGAUGAUUCGGACGGGGGGUUCCCAGCCGGGUCCCUUGAGUUUGGAAGAGCCAUCAUCGAGAAGCUCGGCGUAUCAGAUACCUGCCGACGGUUUUUAGGCUACGUUUUCUACCAGUGGUUCUUUGGCAAAUUUGUUCACAGCGCCAUGUGCUUCCCUGAGAGCCAUGGCCUUCUGCUUGACUUCCAUGUCACCAAGGACGCCCGGGAACGGCUCCUUGGACACAUUGCUCUUUACGCCCAACGUCAGGUUUCUCACAUUCUCCAGUCGCUCCCGCCAUUCUCCUAUAUCAUUCCUAAGAUCAAGACGCAUGUAGACCGUAUGCUCUCUAGACUCAUCGAUCCGGUCAAACAUACCCCUGAUACCACCCCGUUAUCCUCCCCUCCGGACUCCAGCUUGGCCCAAAGCUCCAUGGAACAGAAUAAUGCAGGCUCAGUUAUUCUUCUUUCCUCGAGUGAUAUACUAACCAUACUGGAUGUCUUCUUCCCCAAGCCCCCCAUUUCCGGCUCCCCCGACUUAUUUUCCCAGCAAACUUCAUUCCCUUCCUCACCAGCAUCAACCUUCUUCCCGCGAUCGGGCCAACCACAUCAGUCUUAUGAACCAGGUCUCUUCCAAGGAAGGCUCGACACCCCUUCAUAUAACCCACCUACCGCCAAAACCAUGUUCACCACCGAGAUAAGUUUCCAGGAUGUCACAAAAUCCUACUUUGUACGACCCAGCAAACCGUUAACCCAGGAGUCGCCCAAGAACCCCCAGCUCCGCAAGGCGGAUCGCAUUCGCGAUGAGAUUCUAGAGAUUCGAGAGUCGGAGGAUCGGCCAACGCUGGAUCACCCUGCAAACGAGGAUUGGGCGAUGCUUUCUGUCAGCGGCAGGAAGCCGGUAGAUCUGUAUGCAACCGAUACCGAACAGUCUAGCCAUCAGAGCCCAGCCUCUAGAACCGAGCUGCUCCGCAACCAGGACAAAAUCGAGGCUGCCGUUGUGAAGAUUGUCCACGACCUGAAGAAAUGGUUCCUUCAUGCGAUGGGAAUGUGCCAGCGAAAGUCUGACUUUUCUGGUGCCCAUUUCUGGUGGGAAGCCUCCCUUGCUUUGCGUGACGCAUACGCGGAAUUAGGGCAGUCUGUGGCAGACACCAAGUACCUCAGUCCCAUGUAUCGCUCCGUUACACAAUCGGCAGACCUGGACUCGAACAUGAUUCAACGUUGUGAACAAUCAUUUAUUGACCUUAAGAGAAAGAUGGAUCUUCUUCAGUCCCAGGUUAAUAAGACCAUGGGCAUCAUGGCACAGCUCCGGAACAAGAUGUGGUAUAUGACCGACGUCAAGAAUUCGCUCCGCUACGAGGAUGCAAAGAAUGUGGCUCUGGCUCUGAAAAACAUGGCCCUUGCUCAGGCUACACAACCAGCCGCGGAAUCCAGAUCGAGGACGGGAGCACGAACUCUUGGUGGAUCUUUCCUGCAAAAGCCCGAAAUACAAGUCAUGAACGUGAUGCGAGCUGCAAAAAGCCAAGGAGGCCCCUUCAAGCUAGCCGAUGAACAGGUAGAAAUUACUCGGAAAUGGCUCCAGCGCUUUGGAAUAGAUAAUUUCUGCCGAGGCGAAGAACGAAUUCAUCGGUUCUGCUAUGAGGUAAAAACUAGCGUAAACAAACUCGCUGGUGAGACCAUGUACGAUACCCCUGUUCUCUGGUCCAGCGAGCUUUUCCAGAGAGAACGAUCAACAUAUGAUACUCCUGGUACGCGGCCGAUGAGCGGAAGUGUGCGUCCGUCAAGCAUCGCAAGUGAAGAUUCACUGGGGAAUCCUAUGCAGCCUCCUGCUAUACGAUCUCUAGAUCAAUUAUUCCGGCCUCCAAAUGACCUGCCAAUGCCUCCACUUGUUCGGAAGUCAUCCUUCCAGAGCGUUACUUCCGAUAAGUGGCAGACCAACGGAAACGCAUCUUCUAUUAGCGACUCCCCUGGUAAAACUGUAUCGACUGCUACUACUGAUUCAAUUUACCCCUACUGGUCCCCCAUGCAGACCCAAACUCAGUCUAUAACCAGUGCCUCCAGCCUUCGGUCUCGACCUCCGUCUAUGUUCAGCGAUAAUAUGUCUUACAGGCGUACCGAACAUAGCUCUCAUGGCAAGCAUACUUUUCUUGAUGGUCUCAAGCGAAAUUUAACCAGUCUACUGCUAAGCGAUCUCGGCUGUCCCGUUUGGAGCUGCGGAUCGGAAACCGACGCCUGGUUCUCUGCCUACUUGAAUCAACCUCGAGUACAGAGCCAGAUGGAGAAACGUACACGGCUUGACAGGUUCCUAUCGCAAUGCUCAACUUCACUGAUGGAAGAAAUCCGCGAGCGUGACGUUACUGGUGGAAGACUUCGUCGAAGUCGUUCUACUCCGUCUCUGGGAUGCAAGGGGCAUUCAACCCAGAAAUCCAAGGAGAAAAGCAUCAUCAGGGGAGAAGUGGAUGGCGACUACAGCUUCGGAUACGAGGAGGCAUUUGAGCAGUUGAUGGACAAGUUCUCCCGUCCAGCCAAUCCGUACGUGAAGCUGGAAGCACUGCACGAGAUGUGGACUCUGGUAGCGACAUCUUUGAGCAGUAGCAGAGACACUCCUUCGCUGAGUGAAGCGCGAUUACGCCAUUCGAUGGAUGGCAUCCACAGACGUAACAGCCUGCAGGCCCGUCAGCAACGACGCAAGUCCAGCGAUGACCAGACUCCUACACCCUCGUCGCCUGGCCUUAGCCCUGCUGAAGCUCCUUCCGGUCUCUCGAUAGAUGCAGCGAUGAAUGAGACACAAAUUACAAACACACUGCGAGACCUUAUCCAGAAGUAUCAGCCCCGAACCCUCUUCCGAGACUUGCAGUUCAUCUCUUCCUUCGUUCCAUCCGACAUCCUCAACAAAACCGAGAGCGGGACCGCUUUCCUGCAGUUCAGUCUUGCCGCUCUCAAGCUCAAGGACGACGUCUGCAACAGCAUGAUUGAAAUCGCAGACAAGAUUUUGUGUGACGAACUUGCUCAACGACACCGGCACUCACAUCCGAUCUCGUACGACUUCUCCCCCAAAGUUGGUAACGGGAUCAAAGACGCAGCGAACAUGUGGAUUGUCACUGCCCGGGAAGGGAACCCUGUUGCACAGCGAGAGCUAGCAAUCCUGUACCUUACUCACCCACAUCUCCUCCGCCCCGUCACACUCCCUCUCACUAAGCCCGGGGACACUUUCAAAGCCGAGGUGAUGUACCGACGAGACCAAGAUUCCAAGUCUGACCCCCAGAAUAUGUGCCUGGCUCUGCACUGGAUGCAGCUAUCGGCCGCUGGAGGCGACGAGCUGGCCAAGAACUGGCUCAAGGAACGGCAGGAGUUUGAAUCUAUCUCUUGA